AUGGAGAAUGCCCCGCAAGAGAAAAUGUUCCGCAGGUGGGUAGCAAUUGGUCAGAGAUUUGCAGCUCUUGCUGCAGCAGGUUCUGUAUAUCUCCUUAUCAUCAUUGCUGCUCGUGGUCAUUACAAAACGAUCGGGUUGCUGCAACAGCCCACCAUCUGGGUGAUGUGUAAUACGUUACGGUGGCCGAAUCCAGAUACGCUUAUUGGACAGCACAUUCUGAGUCAACUUAUCCCUCUCAUUGACUAUGUCUGCCAAGCUAUUCCUCUGAGUAUAGACACCAUCUUUCCACCGUCCUGGCUUCAGGAAGUUGGACUAACACAGCACAUUAACUGUCAAGAUUUUGAUCUAACGGUCACUUUCUUUGACACAUUUACAUAUAAAUGUUUUCGAUCUGUUGAUUGUCAUCACCCUUCAUGGGCACCUUGUCUGAUCUCUGAAGAUAUCAUGGAGAUGGAUGAAGGCCCUACGUCCAUGUAUCUGAUGACUAGAAAUCUCCUGUUUGCGGCAUCUAGCACAGCUUCAACACGUCUACCUUCUCCGAUAAUUGAUGCAAAAGGUGAACUAACUGGUGAUGCAGUGGAUCUGCAGGAUACUAGGCUUGAUAGAGAUCCCUUUCCUGAUGCUCCAUCAUUCCGCUCUGAGCAGUUCUACACUCCAGAUGCAAGUUCUCCACAGUAUCUGGUCCUUGAUACCAAUUUUGACCUGGAUACUCCAAUGAACAAGGCUUGUCCUUAUCCCAAGAAGAAGAAGGAGACUAGCAAGUGGAUUAGGUGGUCUGACCAGCAGCGCAAGUAUGCGGAGAAUGCCUAUAAUGCGACAACUCUUGCAGACUUUGAAACAAAGGUCAAGCACCAUUACUCUUCUGAUGGUGUGAAGGUCACGAACUCCUAUAUUCGUCUAGACUGCUCAGCCUUUGCGGGGAAAGAAAUUCAACUUAAUUGCAAAGAUGGAGAGCUGCUUGCCUUUGUUGCAGCAGAUAUGUCACAAGCGAUGAGAGAAGGACUGGAGCGAGGUCUUCGUUCAAUCUUAUUCAGUGGUGGGCUAUCGGAGUAUCAGCUGCAAGAUGUGGACACUGCUGCCAGUCCUGGUCAGCACAAGUUUCCUUGCAUUCAUUUCUCCCGCUAUGCACGUAAUAUUGUUCGGGGUGAUGAUGCUCCUGACGAUGUCCAUCCACUAUUUCUCUACAAGGCCAAGGUUGUUUGUGGGUAUAUGAAUCAUCACCAGAUGAUACCUUAUGUUUGGAAGGAGUUUUUUGAUCAUGAGCAGGAGUACGAUGCUUUGUACAAUGUCUUUGAAGAAUUCUUUCAAUGGAUUGCUGAUAAGCUUACUCACUUUAACCUGCACUAUCGCGGUGAGAGAGCCUCUCUUGUGUUACAUUCAGACAGAGACAGUGAAGAUUGGGAUAAAGAUCAGAAGGGUUGGCAGCAUAGCACGUUUAUGAAUUCUUAG